UUCAGUGAGUUAGAAGCAUUCGUCGUGAACGGACGUUUUCCUUUACUUGAGAGUUCGUUGUGGCGCAGCGGAGAGUUCUGUCGAGAGUGAGCGAAGGUUUUUUUUUUCUUCCCCAUCGGUUACCUAGUUGUGUUGAAAUAGUGUGUGGUCGCCUGUUAGUGACGGUCGGUAAUCGGAAAAAUCGUGAAAAUCCUCACACAGGAUACUGGAAGCCGCAGGAAUACCUCCGUACGGGAGUAUGUGAACCGUUUGGUGUGCGUUCGUCGUGAUUGAAAGGGGAGCCGAGUUUUUGCUCCGCGGAGGAAUUGAAACGCGCGAUUGAUAGUUUUUAAUUCGCGUAUCGGUUGUUUUCCGACUUUUUUUCCGGUCAAUUCCGUGUGCGUUUGUUGUUGAUCCAAAACGUGUGACACAGAGUGUGUGUAGUGUGUGGAAAAUCUGCUCCGGUAACUCAAUUGAUGUGCCAGCAGAGUGAUUCGAGGAGAAGCUGCAGGAAAAACUGAUUCAGAAGUGAAGUGAAGUGGAAAACGAAGAAACCGAACCGAAUGAGCGAAUAAUAUUCGCCGCCGCUUUCCGAGUGAGCUGUGGAGCUGGAGAUCAGACGAAGAAAGAGAUUAUAAUAAUGAUGGAAAAAUUAAAAUAAAAUGAAAUUAUGAUAAUGGCAGAAAGAGUGUGGUGAAGCGAAGGGCAGCAAAAAAAGAGUAAACGAAUACACGGUUUGGGAUGAGCAAGGUGUGUAAGUUGUGCAGAUUUGUGCAGUUGAGAGGAGCAACACACAGCUUAAAAUCCUAUUAGAGAGUGCAGCAGAAGAAACGGAAAAGGGGGUUUUGUGAUCAACCACCGGUGGUUCUAAGCACGCCAUCACUAUCUUUCUAUCCAGCCAAGUGCAGCAGACAGCUCCUAAUGUGGCAACUCUUGCGUCUGCUGAAAUGGACAGACUAAACUAACGGCAAAGGAGUGUGGAAGCGAAAAUAAAUAUUUUUACGAUCAUUUGAGCGUCCAAAGGGCUUCGGCUGAACCCUUCCUUAUCUGAAACGCAGAUUUCGCAGAGUGAAGUUCCGUCGUAACGCUGCGAAAUAAGAAAAAAGUGCAGCUCGGACGAAACGGCGCUGGAAAUCAAGUCCGUAUUGUUUGUAUAAAAAUAGUUAUCAUAAAAUUAAAUAUUAAUAACGAGCCCCCUGCCGUAGAACAAGUGAACAUUAGGCAGAACCUCGUCGGUCGCACUUUGGGGGCUAAAUGAGUGUGGGAGAGUAACGCAAAGAAGAGUGCAGAAAGAGUGAGCGAAAAUAGGCGCAGAAAUAAAUUGUGCGAGGUUAUGAUUCCAUGUGUAUAAUUUUUGAUAAUAAAUUUUUAUUGAGCAAUAUUGUAUUGUAAUCAAAUUCAGAUCGCAUAAUUGAAGCACUGGUGGGGCUUUAUGACUGUUGUUGUUGCUGGUCGGUAGUGCGUGAUUGUGUGAACCCAUAGCGACCAAGGGGGAAAAACGAAGUGAAAAGAACGGGCCUCGAACGCAGGGCUGUAAAGCAAAUAACGAAUUAUACAGAUUAAUUAUCGAGUGCUUGGCUAGAAUCUGAUUAGUGCGCGAAGCGAGCAUUUGCGGUACGGUAUCGUGUAAUUAUCCAAUAAGCCACACGAACCCGUCGUCGAGAGAGACUCAUCACAAAGAGGAAUACAAUUCUUUGUGCACCGGCGGCACUCAUCGCAAGCAUAAGAAGAGGAGUGUCCAACCCUCCAACCCAAAUCCACCCGGAACUUCCACAAAAAAACCGCGAAAAUUUCCGCCUUACUCGACGCCCGCACGGUUCCACAAAAAUUCUGCAAACUGGAACCAUAUGACGUAAGCACGAUGUACGCGUACGCGCAGGGUGGAUCGCAGGGUCCGCCACACUACGCUACGCCUAGUCAAGCGUACCUUCCGGCGAGUCACCAUCCGGCCUAUCCGCCGUAUCAUCCGGGUCCUUCGACGCCGCCGGCGACGAUCACCUCCUAUAACAACGUUCCCGGACCGUCGUCGUUGCUCGGGCACCACUAUGGGUCGCCGCAUCACAUGCCACCGCCGCCGCCUCCGAUAUCGGCUGCAACGCAUGGUUCUUCGGCGGCGGCAGCGGCCGCGGCAGCAGCAGCAGCAGCCGCCGCAGCCGCAGCGGCUGGAGUUAGCCCGAUGCAGACCGACCCGCAGCUGACGGACUUGAAUGCGCAGCUCGGGAUCCCCAAGCGGAGAAGAUCUGAUGAGGAUAGUGCUAGUGGUAACAAAUACAACAGAAUGGAAGAAGACAACGUUCAAGAGAAGGAGCGAUUCGCCAGCCGGGAAAACCACUGCGAGAUCGAGCGGCGGAGGCGAAACAAAAUGACCGCCUACAUCACGGAACUGUCGGACAUGGUCCCGACGUGUAGUGCCCUGGCGCGGAAACCAGACAAACUGACGAUCCUGCGGAUGGCGGUGGCGCACAUGAAGGCGUUACGAGGGACCGGAAAUACCAAUACCGAUGGAUCCUACAAGCCUUCGUUUCUUACGGACCAGGAGCUCAAGCACCUGAUUCUGGAAGCUGCAGACGGAUUUCUGUUUGUGGCUGGCUGUGAUACGGGUCGUAUAAUCUACGUGUCCGACUCGGUGACACCGGUGCUGAACUACACCCAAAACGAGUGGUACAGUGGAAGUUUCUUCGACCACAUCCACCCGGAUGACAUCGAGAAGGUUCGGGAGCAGCUCUCGACGCAGGAACCAUCCAACAGCGGCCGAAUAUUGGAUCUCAAGACGGGCACGGUCAAGAAGGAAGGACAUCAAUCAUCAAUGAGAUUAUGCAUGGGUUCGAGGCGAGGUUUCAUCUGUCGGAUGCGAAUCGGUCCACUGACGCCGGAAUCGAUGGCCCUGGGUCAUCUGAACCGGUUACGACGGAAAAACUCGCUAGGUCCCUCUCCGGACGGUCACAACUACGCGGUCAUGCACUGUACCGGCUACAUCAAGAACUGGCCUCCAACUGAUAUGUUUCCAGGUGUGACGAUCGAUCGGGGCCAAGACGACGACCUGCACAACACCCACUGCUGCCUGGUGGCGAUAGCGCGGCUUCAGAUUACCUCCUCUACGACGGCCAACGACCUGAACGCCAACAACCCGAACGAAUUCAUCUCGCGGCACGCCAUGUGCGGGAAGUUCACGUUUGUGGACCAACGGGUGAUCGGGGUGCUCGGCUACCAACCGGUGGACCUGCUGAACAAGAGCUGCUACGACUUUUUCCACCCGGACGACAUCGCGCACAUGAAGGAGAACUUCGAACAGGUGCUGAAGCAAAAGGGACAGAUGUUUUCGGUGAUGUACCGGUUCCGGGCGAAAAACAAGGAAUGGGUGUGGAUGAGAACGCAAGCGUACGCCUUUCUGAAUCCCUACACGGACGACAUUGAGUACGUGGUGUGUACCAACAGUUCGGCAAAAUCCCUCCACUCGACGCACGACGCCGUGGGGGCGGCCGAUCCGGCCGACACGCCCGUAUCCUACCAGGCUCCAGGACUGGACUACUCGAUGCCAAGCCGGCGCGAAACGACACCCUCUAGUAGUAUAUACAAUCCUCACAACUUGAUUUCACACUUGCCAUCACAACAACCGCCAUCAGCAGCGACAGCCGCGGCCGCCGUGGUAGCCAAUGCCUCGAUCCAACGGCCCGACAGUGCGCACAACCCGGUGCAAUAUAGCUAUAAUCCAACGCCUUCUCCUAUCCAAUACGGUUCUCCUGGAACGCCCGGGGCAUCCGGUUCGCUGGGACACAUCUCCAAAACAAACAACACCUCGCCAACGCCUGCAGCGACCGCAUGGUCACUCCGACAGCCCCAACCCGUUACCGAAGGUUACCAGUACAGUGAGCUGAGCCCGAAUCGAUCACCGACAGGACCCACGUACACGCAGCUUAGCGCAACCGGUUCCCGGCAAACGUCGACAUACACGCCAUCUUCGGCGCAACCUGGCUCGGGUAUCUGGACCGGAUGGCAGGCGCAUCACCCGGCAGCCCCGGAACCAAUGCAGACCAGCAGUAGUAGCGCAAGUGGGGCCGGCGGUGGAGGUGGCAGCAGUAGCAAUAGUUCUGCCAGCACCGCCCCUCCGCACUUAUCGCAACAGGACAUCCCGCCUGAGCAUGCUCAACACAUGCAACAGCAUCAUCCGGCUCUGCAGCAUGGCCACGGUCCGCAUCAGCAGCACCACGGGCACCAUCCAGGACAUCCGCAGCACCAUCCCCAUCAUCCGCACCAUGCGGUAGCGGCAGCGCAUCAGGUUCAUCACCCGGGUCAUCAUCCGGGGCAGCACCACCCAGGGCAGGGCCACGAACUGUCCGAUAUGCUGCAGAUGCUGGACCAGAGCGGGGCCACCUCGUUUGAAGAUCUGAACAUCCACAUGUUCAACACGCCAUUCGAAUGAAAUUUGUUGUACUAUGGUUAUAACAACUAUAACCAGACGGCAGCGGCGGCGGCAUCCUAUCACAGUGGGAGCGGAAGCGGAAGUGGACUAGGCAAUGGAACGGGGAUCAGCGGCGGCGGAGCAGGAGGGUUUGUUGGGGGACUCACCAAUGGGAACCAUGGGGUCACUGCAACGGCUGCUGCCGGCGGUUUGGCCGGCUUUGGGGGCUACAUCAAUGAACAAAUGUAAAUAGUUCUGUGGACUCUUUUUGUUCGGUUUUCUCCACGAAAUUAUACAUAGUAGCUAAAAUGGCGGCGAUUGGAAGAGCUUUAAUUUAUUGUUUAAAAUUAAACCAGAUAAUUACUAACACACGCUCAAUAGAUGUCCCCUUUUUCAGAAAUAGAACUUUUAUCUCACACUUUUAUUCAACUCAUUGCCGUGAUUUUCGUAACGUCUCUCUCUACAACAAAGAUCUGCCAAUCGACCACGGAACAACCGGAGCAAAUAAAAAAAAAGACGCUGACUAUUUUGGAGAGGGCAAAUCUAAUUUAAAUUUUUUAAACAUUCAUCCAGGACUUUUUGAGGUUCAUAGAAGAUAGAAGCAAAAUCAAAAUCAACGAAGAAAAAACAGAUGUUUAAGGCUAUUAUUAGAAGUAUAAGAGAUGGAGCAAGGGGCGAAACAAGCGAUGGAAAACGAGUUAAGGAAACGUAUAUAGCUGUAAUUGUAUUUGUUUUAUCGUUAGGCUUUCCUUUUCACGUUUUUCGAGCGCAAACAAAAAACAGGUAAAGUCGAUUUUUAGUACUUUUUAAAUAAGUAUAAACAGAAUUUUGAUUAUAAGCUUUCCUAGACCCGGAAGAUUAAAAUUUAAAAUGAUGCAUUCAAAAGCGGCAAACAUUGUGUUCAAUUACAAGCAAAGCUUACAAACAAUAGUCACAGACAUUUCUUUUUCGUUUUCAAACGAAUUUCGAUCAGGAGCCCCUAACAUUGUUCUCAUCCAAAGUUCACAUCAAGCAGAAGGAAAUUAGAAACAUUUUCACUAGUUUAUUGUCUUGAUAAUUUUGUGGGAACAAAGGUGUGGCCGUAGCCCCAAAAGUUUCACGCUAAAACGAUCACACAGCCACUGCACUAGAGUGCGGCUUUCCUUUCGAAAAUUCUCAAAACUAAAAGUUCGUGUUCUCUUCUGAAUGCACAUCCCAUCAGAAGAAAUACAUCAAAGCUUUGGCCAUGAAUAUUAAUCAAUUUGUAAGUUAUAAAAUAUGACUUUUAGUAGAUUAUUUUCCAUCAAUUUAUAUCUACAACAUCAUUUAUUUUUUCAAAUUUAAGUUUAUGACAAGUUUGUAGAAUAUCAUAUUUGUCAACCUGAUUGUUUUUGAAAAUAAUUCGAUUGCUUUUGUACAGCUCUGAGAUUUCUAAUCUUUGUCUUAGUUAUUUAACAACAACUACUAAAAACACGAUUUUUUUUUUCUAUGACACGUUUUCCAGAUGUUUAAGCGUUAAUACCAAAGCUGAUUUUGUUUAUUCUCAUUGUCAAUCUUUUGAGGUGUUAGCAAAAGUUUUUAUUUAAUUGUAAAACAUUUUUGCAUUUAAAAAAGGCAUUAUUCAACUUGUAGCCUUGGGUUUGGUUGAGUAUUCAUAAAGUUAUAAAAACACUAAAAAUAAGUUGGAAAAUAACAAUGCUAUGAAAAUUUCACUUGAGGUCAUAUUUUAUAACUUGAAUAUUCACCUUCAAGACACUUGCACCAUAUCUAAAUUAUCUUUAGUUCAAACUUUAACAUUUAUCUUUAGAUGUGAUUUGAAUACAGAAGACCACAAUGUUUUACGAUUUUUUGAAAAAUAAACCGCACCUUAGUGUAAGUUUACUUAAACGACUGAAGUCUUGGUUUAGUCUACAGCAUUUUCAGAAGACAGAAAACUAGUGAAAAGGUUGUAUCACCAUUUUACUUUUCAGCAACACUUGUGCCCAUGUUUAAUUAGAUAAAAAAUCACAAGAACAAAGCAAUGUUCAUAGCUUGCAUAAGAAUUAUUAUUACAUGUAUUAGUAUAAAAUUUGUUAACACAUACUUUCGUCUCAAUUCCACUCAGCAUCAUCAUUAGGUAUCAAAAAAAAAAUCAGUCAUGAAUCUUGCUAGUUUGAAUGGGGAUUGGAGCGAACAACUGGAACUUGCUUGAUUCAAACAAAUUGUAUAAAGAUAGUAAGAGAGAAGUAGCAGAAAAUGAUCAAACUCCAUUUUGCAUUACACAAAAAAAACCCUAUAUCAUUAAAGUAAAGUCAAGACAAAAUUCCUAUUGAGUAUGGCAUCCGGCAGGCGAAACAAGUUUUUUGAAUAAAAAAAAAUCGAAAGGAAGCAGUUCAGCAUUCGUUAUCUAAACUGUAAGAAAUUAUUACUCUUUAAGCUCAGCAAACAAGGCAUACCCGUGAAUUGCUAGGUCUAAACGCUAAAGUAUAAGUCUUGAAAUUUUAUUAAAAAAGAAACGAAAAAAAAAACAGCGAUUCAUCGGGAGCUAGGGAUAAAUUGAGAAACUAAAACAAUUUAAUUUUGGAUGACCGCUUAGAUUAUGUAACCGUAGGCUUAAUGAACAACCAUUAACUUAAUUUAAUUAUGAAAAGAGAAAGAGAGAGAUAGAGAGUGUUGUAUAAAUCUAGAGACGCUGAAUGAUUCCUAACAAUUGAUUAUAUUUUCAUCCCACGAUCGAAAUAGUUACAGCAAUAGAACAUAGGUUGGACCAUUAUCUUCCUCUACAUUUUAGGAACGCAACAAUACUGCAACAACGCCAUCUGUUUUAUCGUUUGAUUGUUUUUUUUUUUUUUUUUGGUAGGAUUAUUUUAAACGUACAUUUCCUAUUAUACAUAUAAAGAAAAGCUUGCAUAUGCAACCUGAAUUGACUGUUUUCAUUACAAGUCGGAAGCAGCUGACGGAAGCGCCUUUGUUGAAAUCAACACGGCGCUCUCACGAAUUAUUCCUAGUUAUUCAACCCAACACACAAUUACUGUAAAGCAUUUAAUUUAGUUAAACAAAACAGGCAAAUCCGACGGAAAGCAGCCCACAACCGAAUAAUUUAUUUGUAAAGUAGAUAAAUUGAUUCUAAUGUCUUUUGUUUUCUUCAGACAAUGAGAAUCGUCCACACGGUCCGCUUUCCUUCAAUCGAGAAGAGUUAUGGGACUAUGUGGAAUGAUACCAGAGAAAGUGGUUUCUUCCUGAAUAUGAAAGCAAAGAAAAGCAUGAAUAUAUUUUUUUCGACAAGCAAUUCAAGUCUUCAGUAAAAAAAAACAACCACACGCAUACACUCACAAACAAGACCCGAAAUGGAUUAUUUUUUUGUGAUUUUUACAACUGCUUGACUGUGUGAAGAAGGGAAAUAAGCAUCAUGUUCGCAGUUUUAUCAACUGAAGGCAGAUUGUGCGAAUGAUUGGGAAAUGAAGAAUAGAAAUGAAAGUAAACGAAAAACUUAGCUAUCCAUUUGUA